AUGGCCGGUGGAUUGUUCAGCAUCGAAAGACGUUACUUUGAGGAGCUUGGCACAUACGAUCCGGGAAUGGACAUUUGGGGUGGAGAAAAUAUCGAAAUAUCAUUUCGAAUCUGGCAAUGUGGUGGGCGCAUUGAGAUUCUGCCCUGCUCACACGUUGGCCACAUCUUUCGAAGGGCAUCCCCACAUGAUUUUCCUGGAAAAAACUCUGGCAAAAUCCUCAAUACCAAUCUCCUUCGGGUGGCAGAAGUUUGGAUGGACGAAUGGAAGUAUCUUUUCUACAAAACUGCACCACGUAUGGCUUGGACCUUAGUUGUUUCGAUAAUUUUGAUGCUUUCAGAAGCUAUGCAUAUGAGGUCGACUGUAGACGUCAGUCAAAGAAUCGAACUUAGGAAGCGUUUAAGAUGCAAAGACUUCAACUGGUAUCUUCAAAAUGUGUGGGCCGAUAAUUUCAUGCCUCGACCCGAACACACUUUCGGAAGGAUUGCCCAUCUCAAAACGAACUAUUGCCUUGUUUCACGGCCCGGCGAACCCGGCUCCAAGCAACAGAGACUCACUGUUGGUGAAUGCUCACUUGGGUUUGAUCUGUGGCAGUUGUGGCUGUACACCAAUGACGGACAAAUUAAAAGCGAUGAGCAUCUGUGUCUGAGUUCGCAUCAACCGGUUCACAGCCACGGCCAAUGGGCUGUGCAGCUGAAGGAAUGUGGUCAACACGACAAUGAAUAUUGGGAUUACAACACUAGCCGUAGAUCAUUUUAUAAUCGCAAAAGUGGACUUUGUCUGGAUAACCCGAAAGAGUCUGUGAAUGAACGAUUCUCCACGUCGGUACGAAUCCCAACACUGUCGAAGUGUUCUCGUGGUGCAUUCGUGCAGGUAUGCAGCUAA